AUGAGUGAAGAUUGGAAAUCGCAAUUAAAUAUUCCUAAAAAGGAUACUAGGCCACAAACUGAAGAUGUUCUGAACACUAAAGGUAACACUUUCGAAGACUUUUAUUUGAAGAGAGAAUUAUUGAUGGGUAUCUUUGAAGCCGGUUUUGAAAAACCUUCCCCAAUCCAAGAAGAAGCUAUUCCUGUGGCUAUCACAGGUAGAGAUAUAUUAGCAAGAGCUAAAAACGGUACUGGUAAGACUGCAGCCUUUGUUAUUCCAACUUUGGAAAAAAUCAAGCCAACUUUAAACAAAAUUCAAGCUUUAAUUAUGGUUCCAACUAGAGAGUUGGCUUUACAAACUUCCCAGGUUGUCAGAACUUUGGGUAAGCAUUGUGGGAUCACUUGUAUGGUUACCACAGGUGGUACCAAUUUAAGAGACGAUAUCUUAAGAUUAAACGACACUAUCCAUGUUUUGGUCGGGACUCCAGGUAGAGUUCUUGAUUUGGCCUCAAGGAAAAUUGCCAAUCUCUCUGAUUGUAAUUUAUUUAUUAUGGAUGAAGCUGAUAAAAUGUUGUCACGUGAUUUCAAAACCAUUAUUGAACAAAUUUUGUAUUUCUUACCAAAGAAUCAUCAAUCUUUAUUAUUUUCUGCCACUUUCCCAUUAACUGUAAAAGAAUUUAUGGUUAAACAUUUGAAUAAACCUUAUGAAAUUAAUUUGAUGGAAGAACUUACAUUAAAGGGUAUUACCCAAUAUUAUGCUUUUGUAGAAGAAAGACAAAAAUUGCACUGUUUAAACACUUUGUUUUCUAAAUUACAAAUUAACCAGGCAAUUAUAUUCUGUAAUUCAACAAAUAGAGUGGAGUUAUUAGCCAAGAAAAUUACAGAUUUAGGUUAUUCAUGUUACUAUUCUCAUGCGAGAAUGAAACAACAGGAAAGAAAUCGUGUAUUCCAUGAAUUCCGUCAAGGUAAAGUGAGAACAUUGGUUUGUUCAGAUCUAUUGACUCGUGGUAUUGAUAUUCAAGCUGUUAAUGUAGUAAUAAACUUUGAUUUCCCAAAGACUGCAGAAACGUAUUUACAUAGAAUUGGUAGAUCUGGUAGAUUUGGUCAUUUAGGUCUUGCCAUUAACUUAAUUAAUUGGAAUGAUAGAUUCAACCUUUAUAAGAUUGAACAAGAGUUAGGUACUGAAAUUGCUGCUAUUCCAGCCACAAUUGAUAAAUCAUUAUAUGUUGCUGAAGACUCAUCUAACGUACCCAUUCCAAUGACUAUAACGGAUAAUCAACAACACCAACAACCACAUCAACAAAACACUCAAAUAUCGCAUAACAAUAAUAUGAAUACAACUGGUAGUAUAAAUAUUCCACCACAACAAAAUCAUCCUCAGUUUUCUAUGAAUAUACACCCAACACAACAACAACCACACCCACAACAAUUUCAACAAAACUAUAUGACACAACCACAUCCACAACAAAUGCAAUAUCCACCAAUUCCACAGCAACAACAGCAACAAUUUUAG